GGGAAGCACGGCGGUCAGCAGCCUCCGCCAAGGCAACCCGUCGCCUUGAUACAGUGUUUGGCAUCUGAGGGUGUUCAGAGUGGCCAGAGUAGAUAUACCUUCUUAAUCCUCAUCAGACCAAAGGCAUGCCUCCGACAUUUGCCACGACCUCCUCGGAUGCCAAGAAAACGAUUGUCGUCUCGGGCGCCAAGCGCGAACUCUUCAACCUCAGCCAUGGCUUAAAGCAGUUUCAGCGAAAGCUCAAGUCCAACUGGAAGCUUGUGGCGCUGAAGGAUCAGUUGGUUCCAGAAAAGCUUGAAGAUGCACACACGGUCAUCUUCAUGGGCCCACGCGACAAGUUUUCUGCCGCCGAGUUUGAUGUGUUGCGACAAUACCUGGACGGCGGUGGCUCUGUCCUGAUGCUACUUGGAGAAGGAGGAGAAACAAAACUCAAUACAAACGUCAAUUUCCUCCUCGAAGAGUACGGUAUCAUGGUCAACAACGACGCGGUGCUGCGCUCAUCGUACUACAAGUACCACCAUCCCAAGGAAUGCCUGGUCACCAACGGCAUCCUGAAUCGCGAACUCAACCGGGCGGCUGGCAAGUUUGUUCCCAACGUCACGGGCGCGCCCAAUGCCGCAGCGGCGGACAGCUGCAUCAAGUAUCUAUAUCCAUUUGGAGCCACCUUGACGGUCCAGCAACCCGCAGUGCCGGUUCUCUCCUCGGGCACUGUUUCAAUCCCUCUGAAUCGCCCUACUGGUGCCUUUUACGAAUCCAAUGCAAGCUUGCCGUCCUGGGCUCGUGCCACAUUUUCAGUGACGAGUAUUUUGACAAGGCAUGAAGAAAACCCAUUGCUGCUGGACGUCUUGCUGCAGUGGCUUACCACCGAUGACAUUUCUCUGAAUCACAUUGAUGCCGAAGACCCAGAGGUGGCGGAAUACAACCAGAUUCCCCACAUUGCCAAGCUGGCAGAGCAACCUCGUGGAUGUCUACAAGACAGCGAUGACGUGCCGCGUGAUUUUACCCAGCUCUUUGAACUGGAAACGUUUCAGAUUGAUGCCAGCGCCGUACCUGCGGCCGUGCGCGCUUACGCGGACAUGAGCGUUCCCCACGAGCCUCUCAAGUUGAUUCACCCCCAGUUUGAGACACCGCAGCCGCCCCUGCGACCGGCCGUCUUUGCGCCGACAUUCCGCGAGCUGGGUCCGCCAGCUCUGGAUCUGUUCGACUUGGAUGAAGCCUUCUCUUCCGAGGUGGUUCGCAUGAACCAACUGACCAACAAGUGCACGGAUGACGAUUUGGAAUACUUUGUGCGUGAAUGUGGUGACAUUCUUGGCGUGUCCCACCGCCUGGAGAGCGACAAGCGCGAUGGCAAGCACAUUUUGGAAUACGUCAUGCGGCAACUCGUCAACUUUAAGAAAAGCACGCAAAGCUGAGAAAGUUUUCGCAUCUACCCUCUUUGCCUGGGGCACGGUGUUGCCGUGGAGAGCAAGAGCAUAGCCUGUGCUUGAUGUGACAGCUGAUAAGCCUGCUUGCUUUGGCUUUCCGCUCUCAACGGGCUUGGGGCUGGAUCGCACGACAGGCGCAGGGCGCCAAUAGUUGUGUGCUAUUGACCAACGUUUUUCGCUUGUUGUAUUUUUGUUUAUCUCCGUUUGUUAAUCCACUCAAAAGCGC